GCCGCCCGCCUCCUCCUCCCACUCCGCCCACUGGACGCGAUGACGCAGCGCAGGCUUGCGGACGUGGCGGCGGCGCAGGGCCGGGAGGGCGGACGACGUUCUGGGCGGCUUUUGGUAUUGUCAGACUCGGGCAGCAUGAAGACUGAGGCUCGGCCAUGCGCAUCCCCGGGACAGCGGCGGACCCGGUAGCCGUCCCCUCGCCGCAUCCCGUUCAUGCUGACGGGACAGACCUAACGUGAUGGCAGGGAGACAUCAGAGCCGGAGUUCUCCUGCUGCCGGAGUUCAACUGAGUGGGCAAGUGCAUGCAUUUGGGAACUGCACAGACAGCGACAUGUUGGAGGAGGAUGUCGAGGCGUAUGAGCUUCGAUCCAGAGGAAAAGAUAAAAUGCGAAGAAGUACAUCGAGAGACAGGCUUGAUGACAUUAUAGUGUUAACAAAGGACAUCCAAGAAGGGGAUACUUUAAAUGCAAUAGCCCUUCAGUACUGCUGCACGGUAGCAGAUAUCAAGAGGGUUAACAAUCUCAUCAGUGAUCAAGACUUUUUUGCCCUUAGGUCCAUCAAAAUUCCAGUCAAAAAGUUCAGUUCCUUGACUGAAACACUUCAUCCUCCCCAAGGAAGACAGGCUUUCCGUCCAGUUGUGCAGUGUGCAUCGGAACACCAUGAAAGUGGGCCAGCUGAUGAUUCCCUGGCUUCCACUGAGUCAGCUGGUAGCUUUUUAAAAGAAGUAGAUCGAGACAUUGAACAGCUCGUCAGGUGUACAGACACCAAGAGAGAGAACCUGAAUGAGGUGGUGUCUGCCUUGACAACACAACAGAUACGCUUUGACCAUGAUACCAAAAGUCCUCAACGCAAGGAUCCGUACUAUGGAGCAGACUGGGGAAUGGGGUGGUGGACAGCUGUGGUCAUCAUGUUGAUAGUAGGUAUAAUAACGCCAAUCUUUUAUUUACUCUACUAUGAAAUUUUAGCUAAGGUGGAUGUCAGCCACCAUUCAACGGUGGACUCUUCCCAUUUGGACUCAGGAAUCACACCCCCAUCACAGCAAAGAGAAAUACAGAACAGAAUUGCUCCAACUAAAAGACUACGCUUGGGCCAACAGGAUGAUCAUAAACUGUUUAGUCAGGAUUCUCAGUCACCUGCCGUUGAGCCCCAAACCUAGCAUUAGCUUCCGGCAGUGCAUUAGUGGCAAGGAGAGUCAGUUCCUACUCAAAGACCACUCCCAAGGCAGAAGUAGAUAUUGAAGAUGCUGUGUGGUUUUUACCUUUUACAAAAAUUUCUGAGCCAUUUAUUGGUGGAUUGGAUCUAAAGUUGCAGUUUCUACAGUUGAUGCUAAAAUGAAUCAAUGCCUCCAUCUGUUCUAUCAGUGCAUGAAGCAGAAAUGAAUUUGUAUGUGACUGAGAGGCCUUUAACUUGGAAGAUGUAUCAUUUUUUCUUACUCGAGACUAGUUAUGCUUACAUUUUUUUUCCAGUAAUUAUUUUGGCUUCAGGUCAUUAGUGUUAAAUUUAUAAAGCAGAAUGAAAGUGUCAGGGUCUACAACUCAAGAAGAAAUAAUACUGUUAGCCACCAAGAUAACUUAGUUGCAGAAAAGUUUGCUUCUUAUUUAUGAUAGCAUGGUUAACACUGAAUUUUGAAACUUCUCCAAGCCAUGUCCAGCAGCUGUGUUUUCACAGUGAAAUAGAAACAGAACCUGGGAACAUAUAUAUAGUUUCUGUAAUAAAGCUGAAGAGAUGGAGUAAAUGUUUUAAGCCCUAAAAUGUGUCAUGGUUGGGAAAUUGCCAUUUAGUCACUAGAACACUGGAAAAGGCCCAGAACCCUAGAGGGAUUUUUGUCACCG